AUGGGUUACAUCACUCUGCCCAUAACGAGACUUCCACUACUCAACCCGACUUCUUCUUCAUCAUUUUCACUUCCUCCUCCUCCUCUCUCUAAUCCUCGUCGUCGCUCCAAUUUUUCACCGUUGGUCAUCACCGACUCUGCCGUCUUCGCAGCUCCUUCUGAUGUUAAUAACUCUGUUCCGGUUAAAAACGGGGGUUACACAGUUGGUGAUUUCAUGACAGGGAGACAGCAUCUGCAUGUUGUUAAGCCCUCAACAUCAGUUGAUGAUGCGUUGGAACUUUUGGUUGAGAAGAAAGUCACGGGAUUGCCUGUAAUUGAUGAUGAUUGGAAUCUGAUGAAGAAAUCGAUGGUGAUGGAGAAGAAGAGAAAUUACCAACAUUUGAGUCCAUUGUUGAUGGGGAAGAUGAAGAUGAGUAGAUGA